AUGGAUUUUAUCACCCAACUACCUUGUACUUCCAAAGGAUAUGAUGCUAUUGUAGUAUUUGUGGAUCGUCUUUCAAAAAGAGCACAUUUUAUUCCUUUAACUACAGAUGCAACUGCUCCUAAUGUAGCAAAAAUUUUCUUUGAUCACAUUUUUAAACAUCAUGGAUUACCCAAGGAUGAACAUCUUUCUGCAUCUGAAUUCACUUAUAAUAAUUCCAAACAAGCUUCAACCGAAAUGACACCUUUUGAAUUAGACAAUGGACAAUACCCAAUGACACCAUUGGAACUUAUAGAUAGUAACACCACUAAAGUUGAAGCAGCUGAAAAUUUGUAUAUAAUCUGGAAAAACAAUUUACAAACACUGUCAAAAUGA